AUGGCGACAGAUGAGCAAGGGUUUACUGACGCUGCCACCAACAACAACCAAAACGGAGACACAUUACCGGAAGGGAGUAAAGCGACUGACAUGCAAAAUGAGUAUUUGACUCGUUAUCAGACAGCUUCGAGCGUGGUUAUUCCCAGAGACGUCUUCGAGUCAAUGUACCUCUCUCCAUAUACGCAGAGACUCGGACAUCUACGCAGCACGUUUGGAAACCCAACGCCUAUGCCAUUGAUGGGUUUCUUGAUCGCGUCUAUGCCGUUAGGAUGUAAUCUGAUGGGCUGGCGAGGUUCCGGUGGCGAUGGAGCAGCCAUAAUAGGACUCUUUUUCUUCUUUGGUGGAAUGCUCCAAAUCCUUGGAUGUAUCUUGGAAUGGAUCAUCGGCAAUACCUUUCCAUUCGUUGUCUUUGCUUGCUACGGUGCGUUUUGGCUGGCGAUGGGAGUAACGCUCCAGCCCGCGUUCAACGCACAAGCCUAUUACGCCUCACAGCCCGGAGGAACUGCACAGUUUUACUCGAGUUUCUCGUUCUUCUGGAUGGUGAUGGCCCUCGUCACCUUCUUCUUCCUCAUCGGCUCUCUCCGGACUAAUGUCGUAUUCGUCCUGGUCUUCCUCUUCAUCGACCUUGCUUUCAUCAUGUUGAUGGCCACAUACUGGUCCGCCGCUGAAGGUAAAACGGCGAUUUCUGGAAAGUGUCAAAAGGCUGCCGGAGCCUUUAUAUUUGUCUUCUGUGUAUUCGGAUGGUAUCUAUUUUUCACAAUGAUUCUCAUGGCUGUAGACUUUCCACUCCGGCUGCCAACAGGAGAUUUGAGUACCAUAUUCAAGGGUGCGUCGGAAAGAAAGAAGCCGGAGCCCAAUGCGUGA